AGUGUCGACUAGGGCGCACAUUGGCCGUUGCGCAUGCGUUCCCUCGCAGUGUUCUUACUUGGAGGAAAAUUUUCCUUUUGCCUAGCUGUGUAUUGUUGGGGAAUUCCUCCAGUGUGAAGAAACUGCUUUUUUCGCAACAGGAAAAACUUCUGUUGUAAAUGAUGAGCAUCUGCCAGGGCGAUUGCUCCGAGCUGGGGCCACCGCCCGAUAUGAUCCUGUCGAUGCCGCCGCCCCCGUUGUCCUCCUUUCUGCUGCCACGGAACGCGCUGGCCCCGCGACCACCCAACAAUUCGCUGUCCUGCAUCGCGGCCUUCAUGUGCGAACCGUCCUCGCUGAGGGCCCACGGCGGCAUCGGUGACCACGGCCCAGCCGGAAUGGACCUCAUCGAGCUGUCCGCCAAUGGAAUGGACGACACUUGGGUCUUUGUGCUGAUUUCGUCCUGCGUUGGAGUGCUGCUGCUGGGGGCUCUUCUGGCGAUGAUACUCAUCAAGUGUAGAGACUCGUUCAACUACUCGUACCACGAUAGCAACCUGAAGCACCCACCACUGGCCGAACCCCACCACCUGGGAGGCACCACCAAGUCCGGCUUCAUGCCCGGCACAAUCCUGUAUCCGACCAACCAUCAUCACCACCACCACACCAACGGCCACCACCACCUGGCAACAACCCCAGACAAUCGCUCACUUUGGGCCACAUUGACUCCGCACGGAACCACCCAACACUUUAUCUCCGACUCGGCGUACUGCAACCCGGAGGACCACUACGAGGUGAUCGACUAUGGACGCAAGCACGAACAGUACAUCCCGUCGAACCAGCUCGAGCAACAACAACAGCAGCAGCACCAUAUCUCCCACCAGAACACGAUCGUCAAGAACAAGAACUCGUUCGAAAACUCCGGCUUCGUGGACUACGACUACGAGGAUCCGACCCCGCUGAUGGAAUCGUACAACCACUUUGACGACAUGGACUCGGGCUACCAGGAACCGCAGGAAGUGAUCGGAUCGCUCAACCGGAACCGCUCGAUCGUUUCGUCUCCGACCCGGAUCGAGAACCCCAACCUGGCCCCGCUGAACCUCUAUCCGACCCACCGCAGCAGCACCGGCAACGGAACCCUCGGCAAGAAGAACCACGGAACCACGCUCAGUCGACGCAUCAGUGAUAUCAAGAAUUGAACCAACAAUCGCUAAAUACACGCAAAAACAAAGCUACACAUAAACGUGCUUCAACUGCUUUUCCUGUUUUGGGGUGAUAAUCGAACGGAAAUUCCUAACACAACGCAUCAGAUUACCUUCAUUUGGGCCGACAUCCGAGCCGGAAAUGUGAACUUAGUAAAGCAAAAAAGAAAUGAAAAGAAGUAUUAUUUUUGCAUACAAUCUUAUUUUUGGGCAAAACGGUAGAUUUACACACAACAGAGCGAAUUAGUUUCACAUAUUGAUGGUAAGCAUUUUACAAACAACACACACGCAGAACUAAUGAAUGUCUACACAAUAAACUAGAUCAGAAAACGAAGAAAAAAACAUACCUUGUAUACACACCAGCAUCAAUUUAAACUCUAACGACACUUUAAAUGUGAACAAACCAAACUUAAUUGCAAUCUUAUUAACUAUGUGAACAACAAAUCAAUAAAUCCAGAACUUAAUAAACACAAAUAAAAAAAAAAACACUUAAAAAGCACUCUGCCGAAAAGAAUUGAAUGAACAAAAAAUAACACGGUAUUCCUUCAAGCGAAUUGCCACACACACACAGCAACUAAACAAUAUUGACGCAAUCGCAAAUUGUCGGUGAUUUUAUUUGUACCGUGAUGACAAAAAUUGAAUACAAUAAAGACGAGCGUGAAAUUUUACAUUCCUGAACAAU